CCGUUCGAUGAGUACAAUUACACGACGAAUAUGUUGAGGAUAAUCCAGUUUUAUCAUAGCGAGUAUUACCGGGGUCGGCUAACAAGGACCUCGAGGGACGUGGAGUUAUCGGCCUUGUGGAUCGCGUCUAGUAUUCCAGAUAAUUACAGAUCGCGGGCCGGGCCCAUUGUCUAUCCAUUUCCGGUUCCACAGCCUAUAAUGUACGGAUCCCUGGGAACGUUCUUGGCAUCAAUGGUAGCGGAGCAGCUCGGGAUAGCGAGAUUGCUGGAUCACCACUCGGACGGUCUGAUCAACAACAGUGUUAUCCUGGGUCUGGGGGUUCAGCUGAACGAACUAGUCAAGAUGUAUUCAGAGAUGGACAUACUGACAUACGGCUCGGAGGUUUACAAGGCCCAGGCUGAAGAAACCAGAGACCAGCAACUUCGAGAUCACCUGACACUCAAGCUCUCGUUUAAGGCGUGGAAACAACUGGACAGAGAUUUAGAGUCGGACCACUUCAUACCUGGCCUUACCUUCACCCGACCUCAGCUCUUCUUUAUUGCAUUCGCCCAGACCCAGUGUGAGAAGGUGAGCGACAGGGGGAUAUUGAAGUACUAUGUGGAGGAUAAGAAGAACCCAGCCAUGCCUACACAACAAAGAGUCAACGGGGUGCUCCGAAAUUCGGUCGACUUCGCUGAAGCUUUUCAGUGCUCAGACAACAAGUACAUGAACUCCAUGGAUAAAAUACAAAUAUUUGGCUAACUUUUA